AGGCACGCGUUGCGGCAUCGCGCCAGUAGUGCGCUAUUCGAACCACCACGGCAAGGUAGCUUCGAAGCUUACGCUGCCGUGUGAACGAAAGAGAGCAAGCGAAAGCAACGGGAGAUAAACGAGGACCGCGCGAGAGAAGGAAGAAGCAAGCGAGCAUAGAAAGAAGGGAGGGUGGGACACACGGUGGGCCGUGGGUGCUCCGCUUCGCGCUGGCGUCAGUUAUUCGGCUUGCCGCUUGUUUGCCGGUUGUGCAGUGCGCUCGUUCACAAUUUUUAAUUACGAACCACCGGGCCGUUGACAUUACGCGAAAUUCGUAACAUCGUUUCUCACGGAAAACGCGGUAUAGAAUAAAACACAACGGACGGGACGCCUAGUGCCAUCACCGCGUAAUCCCCUUGAUGCCAGUAUUCGGACGCUCGCAUUAUUUGGAUUAAAGAUAAUGCAAUAAUGUCUUGGCAAAGGAUCUACCUUGCUGUGGGACUUAUUGGUGUCCUGCUGCUGCUGACGAACGCGGACAACAGCGUGCACAUACACUCAAAGUAUCAAUUGAUCACCUCGACUACCCUCAACUGGCUUCCUCGUGCUCACUACGAUUCCUCGAAGGAAAUUGUCAUCGGCGGUUUCGAGAACGAAGAAACGGAAGAGGACUCGCUUAACAAUCAGGCAGAGAAAUCGGAGAGAAAGAGACCCCUGUACGUGUGCAGGGUGUUGCACACAACUGUCUGGGUCGCUGGUAGUCAGAGGGGUGACGAGAAACGAUGCACCGUGACAAUUCACGGGAACGUGCAAUCGUACGAAAAAUACGAGUUGCUUGAGAACGUGGACAAUGCUGGUCGCGUCAGCUGGGUGUACUGGGAUAAAUUCAAGAUGCCCCCUUUGGGCACCGUGGCCAUGGAGAAGAUGUUCAUCGCCCGCGUCGCAGCCGAGCACGUCAAGGAUUCGCCCGCGCCUAAAUACACCCAUUACAUCGGCACCUUAACCGAGCAGUCUCUCGGAAGCAUCAGCUACGUGAAAGACGAUGGUACUGAAGGAAGCGCAAAGGCUGGCGAACUCCUCGUCGAGACGGAACCGAUCUACUACGAACUAACGAAGGUUAAAUUAAACUGGCCUAAGAAACGCGUGAUCAAACGUACACCUCGCGUGUUAGGCGAGGCAACGAUCACCAACGGUGGACCGAGAGCUGUGAACAUGGCGCAAGCUUUCGGGUUCACGUACAAGUACUCCAUGUACUGGGGUCAAGGUCACGCCAUACUAAAAGGCUUAAACACAUCGAUAACGUUAACGAAUGGCACCACUUUACCGAAAAUACUGUGGGGCAUGAAGGAAUCCAAUAAUCGUACCGACGUGGUCACGGUUGACGUAUUUUUGGAAGCCGGUACAGGAAUAAACGUUACUCUGCGAGCCAAUUACACAGACAUGGAAGUACCCUAUUCAGGCACGUUGAUCUCCCACUACGAGGACGGGGAGACAAAGCGUCGCGUGAUAAACGGCAUACGCUCGGAGGAGAACAUGUUCGACAUAAAACCCGAAUUCGGACCCGUAUACUUCCUCGGCAAUUACAGUCUAGUUCCUACGACCACUAUGCCGCCCACAACGGAACCGAGCACCACCACCACCACGGCGUCACCGCCGCAGAACGUGAGCAAGGGCGUUCAGAAGAAGGAGCUGGAGCCGGAGAACGAGGAUCACGAUGAGAACAUGAUCGUGCCGCCGACGAAAUCGGAUAUGUCGAACAUGCAAAGCGACGACGGCGGCCCGUUGUCGCUGAAAAACAAGGUAGAAGCGACACAUUCCGGCGUUGAAUCGUCUUUGCUUAGAUUAAACUGGUUGCUCGUGAUCUCGUUAACCACGAUCGUCCAUAGAAUCACGUGAAAAUCAUAAAUAACAGAACCUAAGUCCUAUCGUAUAAGUCACAAUAGUAAUAUAUUUAAAAGAAAAUCAUAGUAGAGAAACAGUGUCCAGAGAUUACCAAAAAAGCAUAAAAAAUAGCGCAAAAAAAGUCGUAUAAUAGAACAAUCGAACUCGAGACGUUGCUGUAAUUUCAUACAUAAUAGCGGAAUGGCAUGAAAUAAAAAAAGCUCCUUUCGUUAAAUCGCUCUGAUCGCGUCAGACUGCGAUGUCAGCGCUGACAUAAAUGCUUGCCUUUCGAAGAUGAA